CAUCUCAUUAAAGUUCUCUGGCGGAAGCCAUUUUGUUUUUCAGGGGUCUUUGCAAGGGUGUUUGACGCCAAGGUCCAAGCAGCAGCUGCAGUUGCCGCAGUUCUGUCUUCAGCUUCACGAUGUUUCCCUUGGCCAAAAACGCCCUAAGUCGUCUCCGAGUUCAAAGCAUUCAGCAAACAAUGGCAAGGCAGAUCCAUCAGAAACGGACACCUGAUUUCCAUGACAAAUAUGGCAAUGCUGUAUUAGCUAGUGGAGCCACUUUCUGUGUUGCUACAUGGACAUAUACAGCAACACAAAUUGGAAUAGAAUGGAACCUGUCCCCUGUUGGGAGAGUCACCCCAAAGGAAUGGAGAGAUCAGUAAUCAUCCCAGCUGGUGUCAUACUGAAUUGUUUCAAAACCAACUCAUAAUUGAUGCCAAGUGAAAGUGCUGUGUACCCAUUAAAAUAUGGCAUAAUUAAAGAAAUAAAGUAUAUUUGAAACCUUCA